AUGGCAACAAUCGAUGUGAAUGAAAUUUUGCGGUCAUCGACAAGCUCCUUCCGGCAGGUAGAAAUAUAAUAUUUAUCCGUCUUUCAGUAUUGAGAUUGCAGCCAGCAAUGAAAAAACCGAAGUUGGAAGAUGCUCCGUCAUUCUCAGCAGCGUCAAAUUCCGCGUCAGCCAAUUCUUUACCUUCGACUAUGAAUUCGACUAAAGAAGAUAUUUUGGCAGCCUUAGAGAAUGACGAGAGUAGUUUUGUGGAAGUGGAUGAUCCACAUAUCAGAAAGCUGGUGGUUCAGGUCUUUUUUCUCAUUAUUUUUUCAAAUUUCUUUUUGGUUCAGUUAGAAAAAAAAAUGCUCAAAAACCGAGAGAUGAGGGUUAAAAAUCCAGAUGAUCCGCUGAAGUUUCUGGAAUCUGAAGAAGAACUUGAUAGUGCGAUUCAGGUUUUCAUCUUUCUUUUUUUUCAAGCUUGAAAAAAUGUCUUUAUCAUCAUGUCUAAGUCAAUUUUUUCCAGCAAAUGCAUUGUUUGUCUGCCGAAACUCAAAUGUACGGGGUUUUUAUUGAAGUCAACGGACAUGAAAUCCUUCUCCAAUUACUCGGUCAUGAGAAUAGCGAUAUUGUUUGCACGACGCUGAAUUUGCUGCAGGUAAUAAUUUUCGUUUUUUUUUUGUAAUAGAAAUAAUUGAGCUGAUAACAAGUUUUGAUGUUUUCUUUUAACUGUUUAAUGCUUAGAUAUAUCUGUUUUACAGGAGCUUACGAGCACCGAACAGAACCAGAACGACUUGGAGCCCGUUGAAGAACUUGUAAACGUCCUCGGGAACGGCUCGAUCAUUGAAACUUUUCUGAAUUGCUUGGGAAGGCUUGAUGAAACCGUCAAGGACGAAGCCGAUGGCGUCCACAAUGCUCUGAGCGUCGUAGAAAAUGUUUUUUUUUUCUCUUCUAUCGCCUUUCUCUUUUUGAAAUCUGUGUUUUUUGAACCUUUAGGGUUUUUUUUAUUUCACGUAACGGACAAAACUGAGCUUCGGAAAAUAGUAAUUUUACUUCUUUGGUAAUAAUUCUAUUUAUGGGAUUCAGUUAAGAUCAGUUACGCGAUAUACAAUUUUCCUUUUUAGAUGAUCGAGUUUCGCGAAAAAGAAACGAUAGAAGAGUGUGUCCGACGUGGCUUGAUGCAUUGGUUACUGAAAAGGGCCGGCCAGAAGGUUUUUGAAAGCCGAGUUUCCAGAACCUUUUUUUCAGGGUAUUUUUGAUGCGAACAAACUCUACGCAAGUGAACUUUUGGCGGUUGUCCUCCAGAUUUCAGAAGAAGCCAAAGAAACGUUGACAGAAACUGUCGAUGGAAUCGACGUUUUACUCCGGGUUAGUGUUUCAAAAGAAGUAGUUUUAAGUUCGAGGGUGUGAACUUAUUUCUGAAUUUGUUUUUUGCAGGCUAUCGCAGUGUACAAAAAGUAUGAUCCAGAAAGUAAAGACGAGCGAGAAUAUAUGGAAAAUCUCUUUGAUGCUCUGUGUGCUGCUUUAAUGGCUCCUGUGAAUCGAAGUUAGUUGUUUUAAAAAAAUUUCUAGUUUUUCUUUCUGUCAAAUAGUUCAGCCCUAGUAAAGAAAAAAUUUUAUCUAAUUUUCUUUCUCUGUUAUGUGGGUUUUGGAUUCGUUUUCACUGUAUUUGGAAAACUUGGGGAAGUUUCAUUUUGCCCUUCGAAGUCCCAACAUUUAUCUGUGUUGAGACUCGUCUGGUGGGGACGACCGUCCCUCUCUUUUUUUUUCGAUACUAUUGGAAUUGAAUGAAAAGUUUUUCAGAGAAGUUUCUGGACGGCGAGGGACUUCAGCUCAUGAAUCUUAUGCUUCGCGAGAAAAAACAGUCAAGAGAAAGUGCUCUGAAGGUUUGAAAAAUUCUGAUUUGCGAUAUUGAAUUUUUUUUCUAAUUUUCACGAGUAGAAUAUUUUUUAAGAGACCAUUUUUUUUCUCAAAAAAAUUGAAUUGUAAAAUAUUUUUUUAAAAAAAGAAAAAGUUGCGGUUCAGGUGCUGGACCACGCGACGACAGGAAUGGAAGGUGCGGAGAAUUGCAACAAACUCGUUGAGAUGCUGGGACUACGCACUUUGUUCCCGCUUUUCAUGCGGACGCCGUCCAAAGUCCGCAGGAAGGACACGACUCCCGACGAGCAUGAGGAGCACGUUUGUGCGGUUUGUUUCUCAAUCUUUCUUUUGUUUUCAUUUUGUUCUUUUUCCUGCAGAUUUUGGCUUCUUUAUUGCGGUCUUGUGAGGAGUCAGCGCGGGAAAGAAUCAUUCAGAAGUUCAUCGAGCACGAGCACGAGAAAGUCGAUCGUGUAGUCGAGCUCUUUCUCAAGUACAAGUUCGUUGUGAUCUCACUUUCUAGAAUUUCAGUUCCACCACCUUGAUUUUCAGAGAAAAAAUCCAGAGGUUCGAAUUGAAGAAAAAACGUCAGAACAAAGACGAUAAUUCAUCAGAAGACGACCCGGAAAGGUUUCCCUUUUUUGCCUGCAGCCGUGCCCAUGAAAACUUACAGUUUACAACCGAGAAUCAUUUUAAGACUUCAAAACUUUUCAAAAUCCACAAAUUUUUGCUAAUAUUGGGAAAAAUGCUUUUUUUUAUUAAAAAUUUGAGAGCGCGAAUAUAAUCUUGUUUGUCAUAAAUUCUAUGUUUUAUUUCGGUAAAAUGAAUUUAUCGAUCUUUAGUAGGAUGAACUGUUCAAAUUUUUGCUAAUAUUGGGAAUAGUUUUGAAUUUGCCUUAUUUUGUGAAUUUUCACUGGUUUCAGUCUACGCGCAGCGCAUGAGAAACGCCUAGAAAUGCUUUUGAAUCUUCAUCUAAACUAUAUCAAAAAAACAAUUUAAGCGCUUUUCAUGUUCUCAUAGUAGACAGAAUCUCAUAUUUCACCCGGAAGGAACCUUUUUAUAAAUAACCAAAAAAAUAUUUGCCUAAGCUUUAUAUUUUUUUAUUGGAAAAAUUGAGAAAAAAAGAAAAAUUUCUUAAGAAAGAUCAACAAAAAAAUCGUUUUGUUAUUAGAAAAAUCAAAUCGUCUCCCGAUUUUGUAUCUCUAAUGAAAAAAAUAAUAAAGAAAAGCCUUUUUUUCAGGGAGUACUUAGAUAAGUUGGAGAAUGGUUUGUACACAUUGCAACGCGUCACACUCAUCUUGGCCGACGUCUGCGGGUCGAUGAACUCGGCCAGACUACGUGCCAUGAAACUCUUCUCGAUGAAACUCAAGAAUGAUCGUCUGGACCUUCUUCUUUGUCCGGUUGGUUUUUUCACGCAUAAUUACAGCUGAUGUUUUUCAUUUCUUUCAUCAACCCCGUAUUUAGGUGCUGCAAGAGUAUUUUGAGAACUUGGGGGACAAUGCGAAAAUGGAAAGCGAACGCGUUGCAAGACUCCUCAGCGUCGUCAGAUCUUUUGCAAACACUAAGUAG